AACGUUGUUCUGGGGAAUGCUAACAAAAUUUUAAAUACGUCUUUUAAAAAAAGCUUAAUCCUUUUUUAAUACAAAAUUACAUCAAAGAUUAGUCUCAAAACUUGUCGGAAACAGUUUCUAUAAAGUGACAAAACAGUUGACCAUGGAGAGCGAAGUUAAGGAAGAACCACCAUUUGAAAUUGUCUUCCAAGAUGUAGAAGAACCAGAUAUCAACAGUUUUGGUGCUGGAACAAGCCGUCACAGGAAGCGGCAACUUCCACAAAACGUGGAUGCCUCAUUCCGUCUUCCGGAUGUAACGAGCAGCUCUAUCGAGGCAAUGCAUUUCAUGCUGCGGCAGUGGGGUUUGGAAGCCCUGGAAGAGAGAUUUGACGAACAUCUGAUUGACAUCAAUGUGUUGGAUUACAUCUUGGACGUCGACAUUGUUGAGUUGUGCCGGAAUUUACCGAUCCGCUACAGGCUGGUGCUGCGCCGUAAUAUUCAGAAUAAGUACUAUAAGCGGAAUAUUGUUGCUGCCAGUCAGUCCAAAUCGAAGGCAAAGCGUUCCAGGCAAACAAUUAUUACGUUUACCAAAGAUCCUACUGAAACGCCAUUGGAUUCUUCUGAAAAGGGAAACACACAAGCACAAAAUUCUUUUGAAGAUACACCACCAACCCAUUUUGUAUCAGUUGACUCAGCGCAGCUGGAUGAUCACGACUCUGACGGAACUGAGUCAGGACAGGAAGAUGAGUCCAUCCGCUCAAUUCUAGUCAAGGAUCCCAGAUUUCGACCGGUUCUGGCACUCUUGGACCAGGAGCUGGUUCCUGAUUCCGCCGGGUUGUGUCAUAUGAAUCGCCUUCUGACGAAGCAUUUCUUCGAGGAAAGAAUUAUGAUUGAGAAGAGGUACCCAAAAAAGCAAGAAAAACAUGAUUUGGCACUUAAAAUACUCGAAGCCUUCCCCCACCUCGAGAGAACUCGUGUUAAUUCGGAUGCACCAAAAGAGUCGUACUUUUUCUGGGUAACCGGUGGAAAAGGCAAAGGUCCCCACACUGGACUAAUCGAAACUCGGACGUCAAACAUGCGAAAGGAGGUACCUCCCGAAGAACGCCGCUACCAACGACGCAAAGAAACGGUCAACUACAUUCUGUCCGAUAGCAUUCGCGAAUGCGCGACGGAGAUAGCAUCGUUGGCUCCGUUGCCACAGAAUGAGGAAACUAUCGCAAACGGUAUGGCCGAAUGCAUCGAUCUUCACUCAUGCAUUCUUCAGCAAGGCGAAUCUAAUCCUAUCGAAACUUUACUCGGCACAUUUCCGCAUUUGUUGGCCUAUGGCGGCAAAAUGAUUCUACAAGUAUUCCAGCGUUUGCACACCUUUUAUAAUUCUUCGGCUGAUUUGGACAACUUUUUGCGCGUGGGAUUGCUACUAGACGCAAGCUCCUUUUGUUCGGUUGAGAACAAGUACAUCAAAGGCGCACUUCGAAUGAUGAAAAAGUUAGUUAUGAACGGCAAAAAAGAAGAGGCUGAUGAUAUGUCGUCAGAUGAAGCAGAGGCCUCACCCCUUAUUAGAUGGUUGAAGCGUAAGGAAAACGAGUUGGACGUUGCAGUUGUUCAGCGUCACAUAUCGGAACGUUCCUAUCUUGCUCCCCAUAUUGUUUGUAUAGCGGACGUUUUCAAGGAGGGAAACUUGUUCGUAGUAUUCCAGGGAAAGUUUAUCCCAUGCGGAAAAUCCGCGACCCAUGCUCUGGACGUAUUUUUCAAGAUGUUUGCAGUCUUUGGUAUUCCGGUUCCGGUUUUGCUCAGGAAGAUACACGAACUAAUGAUGGUGCAUCUAUGGAAAAUCUCCAACUCUUGCAAAAGCAUCACCGUGACAAGGCUCAUUUCCAGAUUGAAGGAAAUAGACGAAGCUUCUGACGAAUGUGGAUAUACAUAUGAUUCAACGUAGAAAUGAAAACGAAGAUUGAUUCGACAAAAUGAGCGACUUCUUAAUGAGAAAGAAUUGCGUCAUAUUUGUAUGUUUGUACCUUGCACACUUUCGAUUUUUAUGCAACACAGACUGAUUAACUGUAUCUGUCGUUUUUAUC